AUCUGCAUAUUCGGUUUACCGUGAAGGCAACCUCUCCGGAGAGUCGCGCACCACUGUGACGUAGGACGUAAAUGCGUACGACGUAACGCACGUUUGUGUCCAGGAGGGCAGUUGGAACUUUGAAGAGGGUACUGUGAUACUCACGCGCCGCGCAUCAUGUAUCGAUCCAAGCCCACCCUGAAGGACCGACAGCACCUGUACAAGCUCAUCAUAAGCCAGCUGCUCUACGACGGAUACACCAACAUCGCCAACAGCCUCAUCACUGAGGUCAAACCGCCGAACGUCGUGUCUCCGUCCGAGCAGCUCAUGCAGCUGGCAAAGACCGGGAUGGAGAACGAUGACGCUGCAGUCCAGUAUGCCAUCGGGCGAUCGGACACAGUGGCGCCCGGUGUGGGCAUUGAUAUGGAGUUUGACGCCGACGUCCAGUCCAUGUCCCCCGAGGCGUCCGAGUACGAGACCUGCUAUGUGACGUCUCACAAGGGCCCGUGCCGCGUCGCCUCGUACAGCCGCGACGGCCAGUUGAUCGCCACUGGCUCCGCCGACGCUUCCAUCAAGAUCCUGGACACCGAGCGCAUGCUGGCCAAGAGUGCUAUGCCUAUCGAAGUGAUGAUGAAUGAGACGGCGCAGCAGAACAUGGAGAAUCACCCCGUGAUCCGGACACUGUAUGACCACGUGGACGAGGUCACCUGCCUCGCCUUCCAUCCCACUGAACAGAUUCUAGCGUCCGGCUCAAGAGACUACACCCUCAAGCUGUUUGACUACUCCAAGCCCUCUGCGAAAAGAGCGUUUAAACAUAUACAGGAAGCCGAGAUGCUGCGUUCGAUCUCCUUCCACCCGUCAGGCGACUUCCUGCUGGUGGGCACGCAGCACCCCACCCUCCGCCUCUACGACGUUAACACCUUCCAGUGCUUUGUGUCCUGCAACCCGCUGGACCAGCACACCGACACCAUCAGCGGCGUCGGCUACAACCCCAGCGCCAACAGCUACGUCAGCUGCAGCAAGGACGGCAGCAUCAAGCUGUGGGACGGCGUCUCCAACCGGUGCGUAACCACCUUCGACAAGGCCCACGACGGCGCCGAGGUGUGCUCCGCCAUCUUCUCCAAGAACUCCAAGUACAUCCUGUCCAGCGGCAAAGACUCCGUGGUCAAACUGUGGGAGAUCUCCACGGGCCGGACGCUGGUCAAGUACACGGGAGCGGGGCUGAGCGGCCGCCAGAUGCACCGCACCCAGGGCGUGUUCAACCACACGGAGGACUACGUGCUGCUGCCGGACGAGCGCACCAUCAGCCUGUGCUGCUGGGACUCGCGCACGGCCGAGAGGAAGAACCUGCUGUCCCUGGGACACAACAACAUCGUCCGCUGCAUCGUCCAUUCGCCCACCAACCCCGGCUUCAUGACCUGCAGCGACGACUUCCGGGCCCGGUUCUGGUACCGCCGCACCACCACAGACUGAGGCGCGUGAACUCGCCACGUCAUCGCUGAUGCGCGGUGACUUUCUUUUUUUUUUAUUUUUUUUUUUUAAAUAUUUUCCCCCCGGUGGAACGAGAGUUGUUAAAGGGCGACUUCUAUAUUGUUUUAACAAUAAUUUUGGUUUCACUGGGGUUCUUCGCCUGGACGGGGAGUCCACAGGACCCGACCGGUUGGACACGUGUCCUGGUCAAAGGCGCGGCUGCUACGCGUUGGACGAGCGCGUCUAUCCACAGCGAAACCGCCCCCGUAAUUCAGUCCGAUUUUUGCAAUUUAACAGUUUAACCUGAACGGUGGGGUCUCGGCUCCUCUCUUGGAGAUGAAGACCUCAGAGACGUAACGUUUGCUGACUUGUGUCCACAUGCUGUUCUCACUAAUCCUCUGAGUCUGGCUGAUUGGACGACGAGAGGCGACACAACAGGUUACGGGGUGAAAAAUACUGAAGUUCCUCUUUAAGUAAAAGACUUUUUUUAAACUCCUCUCUGCCCGCACACUUCAACUCCUCACCGAUCCAUCUGCUGUGUGUUGUUGUUUUUCAUUGCCCACAGAGGUCAACUUUUCUACUUAGUCUGUGUUCUUUGUAAUUCCGUCACUUGUAUUAAAGAACUAAAAGGAA